AUGUCAACGACAAUUGUCGAGUUUUGUACACCACCUGUGCCCGGCGAACGACACAAAUAUUAUGGCGAUGCCCACAACAAGUUUAUCAAACUACCUCAACUAGCCACUACUGCCACUACGAAAACCACUGUGGAGUCUUCGCCUCAUCGCACGCUGCAUUCGCUGGCUUCCUCGGGCAGUCUCCCCUUGUUUAAACGAUUGUUAUUGCAUUUACCUGAUCCGCUCAAAGCCGUCAAUGACCCUCAUCCUUCGACGGGUCUAACACCCAUCCACUUUGCCGCGUCGCGAGGUCAUGUCGAAAUCGUGCGUUGUCUAGUAGAAGACUACCACGUCUCGGUCGAUUCCAGAGAUAAAGAAGGCGAGACGCCGUUGUUGAAAGCAUCGUAUGCAGGCCAUUAUCACGUGGUGCAAUAUUUGCUUUCGAAAAAGGCAAACAUACAUCAGAAGGAUAAGGAUGGAUGGACGGCAUUGCAUAACGCGUGUUCGCGUGGGUAUUUGCCUGUGGCAAGGUUAUUGUUGGAACGUGGUGCACACGUCAAUGCUCAGAAUAAAAUGGGUCAUACGCCACUUAUCAACGCUGCGUCCAAGGGAUACAUGUCGAUUGUGGAGUAUCUAUUAGAGGAAGCAAACGCGAAUCCGUUAAUCAAAAACAACUUUGAGGAAGCUGCAUAUGAUGUGAGUGCAGCAUCGGGUGAAGCAGGCGAGGCGUAUAUUUGUGAAAUGCUCGAACGUGCAGGAACCAAGUGGUGGCAUCAGCGACAUACAGAAGGCGUGGAUUUAUCGCCUUACUCGCGAGGCUCUACCUACGAUCUGCUGGAAUUCCAUGUGACCGUCAUGGUCAUUCUUCACGAAAACCAACGAUCGACAUCGAUUUUGGGCCUAUCACGACCUCAAUUCAGUCCAAAUGCACUCACUAAACACGACACACGUGGCCCAUGGUCACUGCAUCCAUCGGGCAUACCCUCCGAUAAGGAAAGGGUCGAACUACCCCAGAUCGACCAGACACGUCCAGAGGCAGGAACCAAUUGGUUCUGGUUGACAGAGUGGCAGAUUGACUACAGUGAUCCGCGUGUAGAUCCAACGUCGGGUUGGCAGUAUGCUCGAUCAUUUGACGAGCGAGAUGAAGGAUGGACCCCUGUGGCUCCAACAGCGGGAUAUGGAUGGGUCCGUCGCAGAAGAUGGGUGCGUGUCAUGAAGCGACGCAUGGAUUUAACCAAGGGAAGUCAUCGAGGCGAGGAUGAGUCGGUGGCUACACCACAACAGAAGGAUUAUUUGGCUCAAGCUGAUGAGCUUGUGCAGCAUGCCAAGGACUCAACGGACGUUGACACUACCGGGGAUCCGACAACGCAGAUGUUGCGUCAACUUACGCAUGAACUGCGCGUAUAUGAAGAGGCUGUGCAACUGUUAUUAGCUGGCAUCAAAACUGACACGAACCAGUAUCGAAAACACGAAGCAUCCAUCCUGGUCAAAUCACAUACGGGACAUGUUGAACAGCUCAAUGCACGGAUCACAGCGCUCGGAUCAAAGCUGUCGACUCCGGUUGGCCCUGUCCAACACAACGCGGAAUUGGCCCGAGAAUUAGGCUUUACAACAAACGAAGACAACACGACAGAAACGCCUUCAGCACAACUACGGCAACACCAGCAUCACCACCAACAACAACAGCGUGACAUGAUUGGUUACAUUGAUGAAACGGGUCCUGGGGCUGCUGAUUUUGACUCGAACCCAUGGAGCCGCGACAGUGCGACUCAACAACACCAGCAGCAACAGAAGCAGCAACAUUUGCAGGAGCCAGCCUGGUUACAGCCGCAUAAUGAAAGCUCAAGUACAUUGAACCAUGUGGAUCUCAUGGGUCAUGACGCAGUACUGGACUUAGGACCAUCAGCAGCGGCUUUGGAGACUGCGGUUGACGAUAACAGUGGACCGCGACAGUUUACGUGGGAAUCGGAUACAGAAGCAAGGGAGUGCCGUCGAUGCGCUCGCCGGUUUGGAAUCUUGGUGAGACGGCACCAUUGUCGCCGCUGUGGCUUGAUUGUGUGCGACAAGUGCUCGAGCUCGCGCACGUAUCUUUCGCCAUCCGAGAUCGUCCAAGACCCCAAUGGUCCCUUUGAGUCGUUUCAAGUGCUGGCGUCGCACCAUCAGAGAGUGUGCGACAAGUGCUAUGCGGAUCUGGGUACCGAAGGCAGGGUGUAAAAAGCAUCUUAUUACAUAUAUACUUAUUGACGAUACCUCUUUCUCUCUCUCUAUACUGUAUACACAUCUUCUUCGAAAGCAUGAUGCUUACUGCAUUGCGACAAAGCAAAAGCCCUUCCUUUCCAUUUCAUUUCACUCUUGAUUUCUUGUAUACCACUCUUUCUAUUUUCCCCCGAAAACUUUUUGUAUGCGUUUGUUCUACAUAGUAGUAUCAUAUAUCAAUGCGUGCGUUCACCUCGCAGCAAUAUCAACACUCUGCUUUCGCCGGUUGUGUUACACACGACACGCACAUAACAACAAAAACAACAACAACAGAGACAACAUGAUGACUUGAUUUUAGCCCAUUUUUACUUUCAGGGCGAACAAACAAUUACCAAAUUUGGCUGCAUUGUUUUUGCAUAUUCCUCUUUAAAUCAGAGAAUCACAUCCUCCCUUCCUUUAGAUCGUUCUUCUUUC